UGCUUUCUUUCGCGAAGGUGCCUUCCCACGAAAUGUGUCCCACGCGCCACGCCGUCGGUUUCCAGGGCAACCCGGCACCUCUUAGCAGCCCCGCGCGCCGCGGGGGUCGUUUCCUGCGCCCCCAGCCCUGCCAUGGCGGCCGCGGGCCCCAGCGUCUUCCUACUCAUGGUCAACGGGCAGGUGGAGAGCGCCCAGUUUCCUGAGUAUGAUGAUCUCUACUGCAAGUACUGCUUUGUGUACGGCCAGGACUGGGCCCCCACGGCGGGUCUGGAGGAGGGCAUCUCACAGAUCACAUCCAAGAGCCAAGAUGUGCGGCGAGCGCUGGUGUGGAACUUCCCCAUCGAUGUCACCUUUAAAAGCACCAACCCUUAUGGCUGGCCACAGAUUGUGCUCAGUGUGUAUGGACCAGAUGUGUUUGGGAAUGAUGUGGUCCGAGGCUACGGGGCAGUGCACGUGCCUUUCUCACCUGGCAGGCACAAAAGGACCAUCCCCAUGUUUGUCCCAGAAUCCACAUCUAAGCUGCAAAAGUUUACGAGCUGGUUCAUGGGACGGCGGCCCGAGUACACAGACCCCAAGGUGGUGGCUCAGGGGGAAGGCCGGGAAGUGACCCGCGUCCACUCCCAGGGCUUUGUCACUCUCCUCUUCAACGUGGUGACCAAGGACAUGAGGAAGCUGGGCUACGACACUGGGCCUCCCGACACGCAGGGCACCCCAGGGCCCAGCCCACCACAGGGCCUCCCCCGGUGAAGGCACACACCGGCCACGGCCACCACCACCACCACUGCAUCCGGCCCCGUGGCUCUCAGGUGACACAGGGCUGUCCUUCCGGAGAGCCGGCCACAGAUCCAUGUGCUUGACGUGCAGCCUCGGGGGGUGCUGGGGCGGAUUUUGAUAAUAAAGCAUCACCUUUUCCCAGAA